GAAGGGAAGCGAAGCAAAGUGGCGUGAGGGUGGUGUCGCUGCUGCGCUGGAACCUUCUUCUCCACUCCAGCAUCAAUUUUGAGAGAGACAGGCAGCGGAAAAGAGAGAAAAAGAGAGAGCGAAGGCAGAAAUCUGAUUUUAUUUUAUUUUUAUUUAUUUUUUAAAAAACUCUCAAACUUGGAAAUUAAGGAGAAAACAAAAAAAGUUGACAGAGAGGUAGAGAAGGGGAGGGGCGAAUACUUACCAACAUAGCGAAAAUCGGAUCUUUCUGGUGCUUCUCCAUUCCUUCGUCUUCGAGCUUACUCUACUCCGCCAUCCUUUUGUUUUAUCGAUGAAAAUCUUUCACCUCUUGCCCGUGUGACUCUCAUUUUUGGCUUCGGCUCCGUCUCCUGACAGACUCUUCGGCUCGUGAAAACUCAUCUUGUCGCUCCUCCAAGAGAUUUUCAUCCAGCUCUCAAAUUACACUUCUUAUUUACGUGCUGAGGAUCUUGUAUUCAUGCCAGUUAGCUUGCUGUGGAUUUGUCUUAAUCCCCUGAAUAUUAUCGUCAAGACACUUCCUUUUGCUGUGGUCUGAAAAUGUCAGGCCAAGAAGGACUUGGGUUUCAUGACGAAAUUAGAGAGAGAAAAUUAGAUUUUGAGAAUUCUGAAGAUGAGAAACGACGAUCCAAGAUUGGAAACCUCAAGCAGAAGGCAAUAACUGCUUCAAAUAAAUUCACCCAUUCUCUUAAGAAAAGAGGGAAAAGGAAAGUCGAUUACAAGGUUCCACCAAUUUCAAUAGAGGAUGUACGGGAUGCAAAAGAGGAGCGUGCUGUCUAUGAAUUGCGUCUAAAGCUUCUUCACAGGGAUUUGUUGCCUCCUAGGCAUGAUGACUAUCAUACUUUGUUGAGAUUUUUGAAAGCUAGAGAUUUUCACAUUGAAAAAACAAUCCAGAUGUGGGAAGAAAUGAUUAAUUGGAGAAAAGAAUUCGGAACAGACACCAUUUUGGAGGAUUUUGAAUUUGAAGAGCUGGAAGAAGUCAUGCAGUAUUACCCCAAGGACCAUGGAGUUGACAAGGAAGGCAGGCCAGUUUACAUUGAGAGGCUCGGGAAAGCUCAUCCAAGUAGACUUAUGCGCAUCACCACAAUAGAUCGAUACUUGAAGUACCAUAUCCAGGAGUUUGAAAGGGCUCUAUGUGAGAAGUUUCCUGCUUGUUCUAUUGCAGCAAAGAGGCGCAUCUGUUCAACAACAACAAUAUUGGAUGUGCAGGGCUUGGGCAUUAAGAAUUUCACCCGGGCUGCUGCAAAUCUCUUGGCUGCCAUGACAAAAAUUGACAACAGUUACUAUCCUGAGACAUUGCAUCGAAUGUACAUUGUCAAUGCUGGUCCUGGCUUCAAAAAGAUGCUUUGGCCUGCUGCACAGAAGUUUCUUGAUGCAAAGACCAUAGCAAAGAUACAGGUUUUGGAACCAAAAUCACUGCCUAAACUACUGGAACUCAUAGAUUCCAGUCAGUUGCCAGACUUCUUGGGUGGUUCAUGUACCUGUUAUGCAGAAGGAGGGUGCCUUAGAUCUAAUAAAGGCCCAUGGAAUAAUCCUGACAUAAUGAAGCUUGUACAUAAUGCGGAAGCAACAUUUAUGGGGCAAAUCACCAGAGUUCCUAUUGACCUGCAGAAAGUUGACACUUACACUAAGAUACAGCCGCUUAAGGGAAGAUGCAGUGAUACAUCAACAGCAGAGUCAGGGUCAGAUGUUGAUGAUCCUUGUUCUCAAGUAGUACGAAAGAGCUCCACAUUUCCUGAUUUGGCUCCAGUUCCUGAAGAAGUUAAGGCAGCAGAUCCAAUUGCCUACUAUAGUUGUGAUGAUAAUUUUUCUCUGGCUGAUAAAGCCGUGAGAAGCCAUGAAGGAGAGGGACGUUCUGAGGAUCGACCACAUAAAGCUGAUGAAAUGGAUAAUGCUCUUGAUGUGGGAACAUCAAGUUUGGAAGGUACUGGAGUCAACCAUUGGUUCAAAUCUGUUAAGGAAAAAGUUGAAAAUGGUGAUUUUCUAUGUGUUGCAAGAGCACUGUUAUCUUUUGCAGUUGGACUUGUUGCAUUUUUCCGAAGUCUACGAUUUGAGCUAUGGAGAAGGCAGACUAAUGUUUACCCAUCAAAUUUGAUGGAUAAUGACAUUAAUCGCCAUUCACCAGCUGUUGAAACUGCGAAUGAAGAAGACCGUGUCAUUACUUGCAUACAGCGUCUUCAGAGACUGGAAAAGGUAUAUGAGGAACUUAGCAGCAAGCCUGCUGGAAUUCCUUUGGAAAAGGAGCAAAUGCUUAUGGACUCUUUCGACAGGAUCAAGUCUGUUGAGGCCGACCUUGAACAAACAAAGAAAGCACUACAUGUGGCAGUGGUGAAGCAACUAGAGAUUGCUGAGUUGCUAGAAAAAUUACAGGAGUCUAAAUGUCAUCGGAGAAAAUUGUUCUGCUGAAUAUUUGAAGAUAGUCGAAGAACAAAGCUACAGUUGCAGAGAGGAGUUUGAUGCAGACAAGCAUGCCAGAAUCCGUGGGCAACCUCCGUUGUGGGACAUACUUGGAUCAGCCGUUGGGAAGACAAAUCCUCUCUUUCAUCACCUAUACCAUCCUCAAGUAAGUAGACAGUUCUUGA